AUGGAACUCACUUACAAUAAACAUCUUGUCUUAUUUCUGCUUCUUAUCGUUUUCAGCCAACUACUAUUUGUUUGUGCUGACAUUUCUACACAAAACGAGAAAACAAAUUCUAUUGAUUUAAAUAAACGUUAUCGCUUUGAUAAAAAGGAAGCAUCAAAACCAAUUGAAAGCCAUGAAUCACAUGAUAGCGAUGAAAAUAAUGAUGAUCAUUUACUAUUAAUGGAUAAACGAUAUCGUUUUGAUAAACGUUAUCGAUUUGACAAAAGACGUUUGGAUACGAAUACGAUUAACAAACGAUAUCGUUUUGAUAAACGUUACCGAUUUGAUUAA